GUCAAAAUAUCUCACCUCUGCUUGGACGCUUCCUUGUACAACCCCCCGCUGAACUUUGCUCAAGUAUUCAUAUCAAGUUUGCAAGCAUGGCAGGGUCACCUCCAACGUCAAAAUCCCCUUCCCCAAAGGAAUUACCGCCAAAGGAAUCGUCACCCAAGGAAUCAUCGCCCCACCAACAGACAGCGCCACUGGAGCCCGCUGGUCAGCUCGAGGCAGAUGAGGGGAACAUCGGCGACAACGAUUCAGCCCUCGGCGAAAAUGAUGCUGGGAGCUCCACAGCUUCGAUCGCCUCUAGCAUUUACAAAUACAGAAUUGAAAAUGGCAGAACAUAUCAUGCUUACAAAGACGGCAUCUAUGUUGGCCCAAACGAUAACUCAGAGCAAGACCGCCUGGAUCUUCAGCAUGCGCUUUGUCUCCUCACUUUUGAUAACCAGUUACACCUUGCGCCCAUCUUUGAAGAGGGCGAGAUACCCGCGAAACGGGUAUUAGACAUCGGCACUGGUACAGGAUGCUGGGCAAUUGACUUUGCCGAUGAUCACCCUGAAACGACUGUCAUCGGCGUUGACUUGAGCCCAAUCCAGCCUGCAUUCGUGCCGCCCAACGUCGAGUUCCAGAUUGAUGACGUGGAAGAAGACUGGACAUUCUCAGAGCCAUUUGACUAUAUCUAUACCAGAUUCAUGACGGUCUCGCUCGCCAACUGGCCACGGUUCUUCGGACAAAGUUUCACGAAUCUAAAUCCAGGUGGCUGGCUGGAGGUCGUGGAUAUCCUUCCCCCAACCUCCGAUGAUGGUACAAUGGCUCCUGAAACGGCUCUAUAUCAGUGGUCGAAACUCUUGCUUGAAGCAACAGAAAAGAUGGGCCGACCGUUCGGUGAAACAAUGACCUAUAAGACACAGAUGGAGGCUGCUGGCUUCCAGAACGUCACACAGCGAGUUUUUAAAUGGCCACAAAACCGUUGGCCUAGGGAACAAAAGUAUAAAGAGCUAGGUUCUUGGACUCUCGAGAAUAUUUCUGGCGGUCUUGACGCGAUUAGUAGUGCUCUCUUCACUAGAGUCCUGGGCUGGUCGAAACCUCAGUUGGAUGUUUUCCUGACUGACGUUAGAAAAGAUCUCAAGAACCCUUCCAUCCACGCAUAUUGGCCUAUGUGAGUUACGAACAUUGAACAUAGGGAAAGAUAACUAAAGCAAAUACAGAUACGUCAUUUGUGGACAAAAGCCUCAAGAGUAAUGUGAACACUUGAUGACAUCAUGAGACCUGUUUGCGGAAAAGUCGAUGAAUGAGAAGAAAAGUAAUGAACAACCCAGAUUUGUCACGCCCUGAAGAAAGCCAGACACGUGUAUAUAGAACUUAUGUUAUCUGAAUUUUAUGGUUAAAAGCACCUCAAAACACA